AUGUCUGACCUCAAGGAAGUUAACUCCGAGGUUGUUGGCACGUCGAGCUCCGACAUUCAGCAUCCAGCCAGAACAGCAACUCGGAAGUCGACGCGGACCAAGCCAUCCUCGAUUCCAAAAUCAACAUCUCCCUCCGGUCCUGUCGAAGCGCUGACUCGGAACGCGGACGAGCCACGCAAGAGUAAUGUGACAGGCGGCGUCAAGCGAAGGCGAUCGAUCAGCAAUGCAGCUCCAUCUCGCAAGCAUCCCGGUCAGACCUCGGCCGUAGAUGAGCUUGACGAACAAGAUGAAGCACCAAGUCGCAGGUCUAAGAAGCCCUCUACCCAAGAUUCCAAGACGUCGCCCGCAAAGGGCAACAGCAAGAGCAAAGGCAAGGAUGUCGACAAGCAAGAGAAGAAGCCCAAGAAGAUGACAAAGGCUGCGAUGGAGCGUGCCAAACUCGAAGAGCUUCGCAGCGACGACCACUUUGGCAAACUCGAUGAUGCUGUCAUCAAACGCAUCGUCAAAGUGAGCCUCGAGCGCAUGUACCUGAUUCACCGCUUUCGCAAUGGCACUCGGCUGCGAGAGGAAUUCGACAUUAGUGGCUCCAAAGGCAACGUGUACAAGGUUACACUGGAUCGCCAGGUUAAUUGCAGCUGCAUGGACUUUGCGCUUCGGCAUCAAGUCUGCAAACACCUCAUGUUCGUCUAUAUCAAAGUUCUACGGCUCCAAGGCCACUUGCCUGUCUUCUCGCGCAUCCGCCUAACCGAACAAGAACUCAACCAAGUCUUUGACGAAGCUCUGGAAAACCCGACAGAGCAGGCAAUGGCCAAUCCUGAGCUCCGCAAAGCGUGGGAGAGCGCGGUAGGAUAUCGACCCGACCACGUCGACUCUGAGUCAAACGAGAACGCAGCACCUAGCGGUAAGCGUCUCAUCCCAGAAGAAGGUGACGUCUGCGGAGUCUGUUAUGAGGAUCUGGAAGCUGGCAGCGUGGAGGGACUCGAGUUCUGUCUGAAAUCGUGCGGACGCCCCAUUCACACAGACUGUCUCGAAACUUGGCUCAAUUCGCGCGGUUUGGAUCGGACGUGCAUCUGGUGUCGAGCCAGGUGGCACGACCCCGCUGAGCUGCACGCGGAUAGCAGGAAGGCCAAUGGCUAUGGCAUCGGUUUGGGCACUCGUGGAACUGUCGUCGAUGCCACUGGCAGACAGCUCAACCUUGCUGCUGCUGUCGGCCUCGGUGGCCCUGCUCCCUGA